ACAUUUAUUUAUUAGAAAAUAUUUCUAACCAAGAGAAAAUGCAAGAAUUUGAAUAAAAUGCAAUGUGUUUUAAGAUGGAAUAUUGAAAUCCAUCUGUCAUUGGAUUUUGUAAAGCUCCAACAGACUUCGAUUGCAUACUCAUUUGCAACUGUAUGUGCCGUUUGAAAGUUGAAACCCUAGAAACCUAAUGGAAUUAUAUAUUAACUAACGUAAAUGUAAAUUUUUAAAGGGAGAAUUUCAUAUAUAAUUAAACGUAUUUGUCCGAUCUAUUUUCUGAAUAUCAUAUUUACCCUUUCUAACUUAUAAUCUUUAUUUUUAAUAUUUUUAAACAUUUAUAUAUUAAAAUUAUUAUAAUUAGAAAAGAUAAAUUAAAUGGUCAUAUUGCCCUCUCUUUAAAAAAUCAUCUUCAACACACGUCGUUUUAGAAUUGAGCAUUCUCCAAAAACAUUAGCCUCUCUGGCAUCUCAGCCCCUAGUCGUCGUCCUUAUCCUCUUAGACUUUGGUACAUGAAACAACGAUAUAUAUAAACACUCAAUAUAAAACCUAACACAUGUUUAUGCUAAUUUCCACAUUGGAUACUUAAUGAUUAAUCUGAGCCAACAUCAACCUGGCAUCUUUACUGGUGGGCCUUUCUUACAGAAGCAAGCAAUCUUAAGAACACGAAGCAUCUAUUCCUCAUAACCAUUCCUCAAAAGCUUCGGAUCAACCACUUGUUUUAGAUCCUCCGAAGUCAUCACAUUUCUCAUCCAUUCCACCAAACUCAUCUUAGAUGUCCACUGAAAAACUCAUCUUAGAUGCAAUUGUGUUGACUUUGCUUUCUGCCAAUUCACACUUGUAUACUUCUCCACACCCACCUUUUCUGAUGAUUUGUAGGGAUGCAACUCCGUUGUCUUUCUCAAGACAAGCAAGUUUUUUGGCUUUAAUAAGUUGACUGAAAAUGGCAGGUGCCUUUGAUCUUAUUCAAAAUCAUUUAAUUUAAAGAGUAUUGUUAAGAUGGUUCCGCAUAUAAUCCGAUUGCAACAAAUAAUUGGCGACAAGUCAGAAAAAAAAAAUGAUCCUGUUAAGGGUUAAAGAUGAUCAUAUUAUGGGUUAAAGAUGAUCGUGCUUAGAAAUAUCCCAGCAGGGGAUUACUGUGAUUUAGAAGGCAAUGGUAUUAUGGUUCAUUUGUUUUUUUAUUAUUAUUAUUAUUAUUAUUAUUAUUAUUAUUAUUAAUGAUUUUAAAAUAUUAAAAAGGAUUAUCAAAUAAUAAAAUAUGUUAAAAAAAAUAGAUUUGGGCAAAUCUCAUAUUUUAAAACAUUAAGAAUGGAAAAUAUGAUAUUUAGAGUUUAGAUUGGACAAAUAUGAUAUUUAGACAUUUAAGAAAGACAAUGUUUUCCAAAAUAGUACACAUGCAAGAAACACGCCGUUUGAAACUUUGCGGCUUUUAGAUUCCUGGGUUUCAAAUGAUAAAAGUGUAAAGAGACAAAUCUUGAGCUUAACAUCUAAGUUUUUAUUUUUUUGACUCCAAUGUAAGCAAGGAAGUUGAUUCAGCUAUAUACCUGGACUACCACUUUAUUCCAUUUUCUAACAUGUAUUUAAAUUUUAAACCCAACCAAGGUUACCCUCAAAACCAAACUACCAAUAGCCUCCUCACCUUUCUUCCAUCAAAAUGGAUCAAUAGCUAUCCACUUACACCAACAAAUCACCAUCAUCUAACCCUGACAAACGGCUCUUAACACCCACACCCAUCAACCCCUUAACAGGGACUAGCUACUUCAUCAAUGAACCCAAUGCAGCAGCAACAGCCACAUCUGGUGGCUCAACAGCUACUGGAUGUCUCAAGCAAACCAUUGCAGCAGUUAAUGGGUCUCAGAAACAAGCCCAUGAUGAACUCAAUGGCAAAUCCUAUGAUGAACCCAAUGGUGAAUCCAAUGGCAAACACAAUGCAUACCACCCGAUUGCACAACCAGAUGGCGACAUCUGUACACAAUCCACUGAUGCAUCAACAAAACAGAAGUAAAAAGAACUCCAUUUUUAGUGCUUCGGAUGACAAUGUGAUCACGAAGCAAGUGGUUGAUACUCAUCUCCCUGAUGGCACUGAUGUUGAUGUCAAACCACUUCUCGACAUCGUGGAAGACAUACUCCGAUAUGCCACCAUUAAUGUCGAUUCCACUUCAUCGGCUGAGCAUACAGAUGUGGGAAAGGUCGAGGGCAAACUGGGCAGCAAACCCCACGAAAUGAACACUGUUGUGAUGCUUAACUCAUUGUCACAUGUAAUCGAAAAACUUGCUUCCGAGAUGUCCUUGAGGUGCUUAAGUGUCGGGGAUGGACACACAACCGCUCUCGCCCUAUUUCACAUGGUAGGAAACUUCCACUGGGAUGCAAAACUGGUAUUAACCCUUUCAGCUUUUGCUCUCAACCAUGGGGAUUUCUGCCUUCUAGCUCAAAUCUAUUCAUCAAACCAACUUGGAAGUUCCAUGGCUAUUCUAAGACAAGUUCCAAUGAUCAUGGAGAAUUCAGCAUCUUUGAAACCUCGAUUUGACAUCCUAAAUAAACUCAUUCGCUCUGUCCUGGAAUUAACUCGAUGCAUCAUGCAGUUUAAAGAGCUUCCAUCUAUGUAUGUUACUCCUGAUGUGCCAGCAAUGGCUAAAGCUUUGAAUACUCUACCCACUGCUGUUUACUGGAGUUUUAGAGGGAUUGUUUCUUGUGCUGCACAGAUUACAAGCAUCACUAGCAAGGGACACGAGUACGGGAAAUCAUCCUUGGAGUUGCAGUCAUGGGAACUCUCCACCUUAAUCCUUAAGAUUAAUCAUUUACAAGAGUUUCUCAAGAAACAACUCGAAGAUUGCCACCGUGUUGUAGGAGAGAGAAGGGAGAUGGAUUUCAGGAACUCAUUCAAUCAGCUAUUUGACACAAUCCAUAUCGACAACAUGAAAAUCCUCAAGAUCUUAAUUAGUCCAAGGGAUGACAAUCUGCCAAUUUUUGAUGGCGUGACUAAGAAAAGGGUCAGCCUAGAAGUUCUUAGGAAAAAGAAUGUUUUGUUGCUGAUAUCAGGGCUAGACAUGCCUUUCCAUGAGCUGUCCAUUCUUGACCAAAUUUACCAUGAAUCACGAAUGCAUGAAACAAGAAUGGAUGCUUUAUAUGAGGUUGUAUGGAUGCCUAUUGUGGACCCCUCGAUAGAGUACACCGAAGCAAUGAACAAACAAUUUGAAGAGAUGAAGAACGACAUGCCAUGGUUCUCAGUGUACCACCCUUCCAUCAUUGAUAGGGCAGUCAAAAGGUCAAUUGGUGACAGGUGGCACUUUAGGAGCAAGCCUAUACUCGUAGUGUUGGACCCACAGGGAAGGGAGUUGAGCCCCAAUGCGAUUCAUAUGAUGUGGAUUUGGGGAAGCAAUGCAUUCCCUUUCACAAGUGCUAGAGAGGAAGCCUUGUGGAGGGAAGAAACUUGGAGGCUUGAGUUGCUAGUCAGUGCCAUGGACCCCACCAUUCUUAAUUGGAUAAGAGAUGACAAAUACAUCUUUUUGUAUGGAGGGGAAGAUAUGGAGUGGAUUCGCAAAUUCACACACACUGCAAGGGCCAUGGCGAUUGCUGCACAGAUCCCAUUAGAAAUGGUGUAUUUUGGAAAAAGCAAGAAAAAGGAAACGUUUCGUAGGGAGACUGUGAUCAUCAAUGAGGAGAAGCUUAGUUACUGCUUGGAAGAUACCAUUCUGAUUUGGUUCUUCUGGACACGAAUUGAGAGCAUGUUGUUCUCCAAGAUUCAACUUAAGAAGGCUGAUGAUCAAGACCCUAUAAUUCUACAGAUCAAGAAACUACUGAGCUAUGAUAAGGAUGGAUCAUGGGCUUUACUUUGUAGAGGAUCACGGAUUCUAACUAAUGGCCAUGGAUCCACCAUGUUGCAGACCUCUACUGACUUUGAUCUAUGGAAGGAACAUGUCCCUGCAAGGGGUUUUGAUUUGUCAUUUACAGACUACCAUGACAAGCUUCAUGUUGCAGCAAAUAACUGCUGUCGAUUUGAGUUUCCUAUUGCAACAGGUAGAAUCCCAGAAGGCAUGCGUUGCCCUGAGUGCCAUCGUUUGAUGGAGAAAUACAUUGCUUUCCUUUGUUGCCAUGACCAAACUGGCCUUCUUGAACCCUACUGAAGAACUGUUAUGCGUAUCAACUGAUCUGGCACACUCUAGUCUGAUGCCAGUAACUAUUACUAAGUAAGUGAAUAAAACAUCAGUAUGUGAAUGUUGUUUUUGUCUUGUACUACAAUAAGAUUGUAAUGUGUGUGAUCGUUUUUACCUGAAUGUAUCCUUGUGGAUCUAAACUGCUUUAUUGGUUAGAACCACUAUGUAAUAAAAUAUUAUGAAUCUUGAUAUUUUGAUA